AUGCGUACAUCUAUCAUUUCCAUGCUGGCCCUCGGCGCCGUUGUGUCCGCUGCCCCAGCUCCUUCUCGUGUUUCCGAGAUCGUUGAGCGCUCGUCCUCAACCUGCACGUUUAACUCGGCUGCCAGUGCCAGCGCUAGCCAGAAGUCCUGUUCUACCAUUAUCCUGGACAACAUCGCUGUCCCUGCCGGCAAGACUCUCGACCUUUCCCACCUGAAUGACGGCACCAAGGUCAUCUUCAAGGGCGAGACUACCUUCCAAUAUGCUGAGUGGAAGGGUCCUCUCAUCCGCUUCGCCGGCUCAAACAUUGAAGUCAGCGGCGCAGAAGGCCAUGUCAUCAACUGCGACGGAGCCAGAUGGUGGGACGGCAAGGGAACUAAUGGCGGAAAGGACAAGCCCAAGUUCUUCUACGCCCACUCCCUGGACCAUUCAUCCAUCACUGGCCUGAACGUCAAGAACACCCCCGUGCAGGCAUUCAGUGUCCAAGCCGACAACCUGGUCCUCGACCACAUCACCAUCGAUAACUCUGACGGUGAUAAGAAUGGCGGUCACAACACCGAUGCCUUCGAUGUUGGUGAGAGCACCCACAUCACCAUCAGCAACGCCAACAUCAAGAACCAGGACGACUGCCUGGCCGUCAACUCUGGCGAGAACAUCAGCUUCACCGGCGGCUACUGCUCCGGCGGCCACGGUAUCUCCAUCGGAUCCGUCGGUGGACGUGACAACAAUGUCGUGAAGGACGUGACCAUCUCCGACUCAACUGUGACCAACUCCGCCAACGGCGUGCGUGUCAAGACCAUCUACAAGGCCACUGGUUCAGUCUCUGGUGUGACCUUCUCCAACAUCAAGCUGUCCAACAUCUCUUCCUACGGUAUUGUUAUCGAGCAGGAUUAUGAGAACGGUAGCCCUACCGGUAAACCCACUACUGGUGUCCCCAUCACCGGCCUGACUGUCGAGAAGGUCACUGGUACCGUUAAGAGCAGCGCUACUGACAUCUUCAUUCUUUGCGGUAGCGGUAGCUGCUCUGACUGGACCUGGGCUGGAAACUCUAUCACUGGUGCAUCUUCACCCUCUCUCUCACACACACAAGGUCAUAUCCAAAUCUCAUCCAAAAUGCAUGUCCUUCUACUCGGCGGCCAUGGAAAAGUAGCCCUCCACCUUACUCCGCUCCUCCUCAAACGAGGCUGGAAUGUAACCAGCGUCGUCCGCAACGCCUCACACGAAAGCGAAAUUCUAUCUCUAGGUCAAGGCCUCAAGGGCACCGUCAAAGUGUUACUAUCGAGUCUAGAGGACGUGAAGAGUACUUCAGACGCCCAAAAGGUCAUUGAUACUGUUGCACCGGACUAUGUUGUCUGGUCGGCUGGCGCGGGCGGCAAAGGCGGUCCAGCACGCACAAUCGCCAUCGACCAAGAAGCCGCGAAGCACUUUAUAGAAGCAUCCUUCGCCACACCAGGCAUAAGCAAGUUCCUGAUGGUAUCAUACCUCGGCAGUCGACGUAAGCAGCCGAGCUGGAUGCCGGACGACGAAUGGGCGGGGAUAGUAAAGACUAACACGGAAAUCUUGCCGACGUACGCGAAAGCAAAGCAAGAAGCCGACGAGUACAUGACAGCACUGGCUGCGCAGCGGAAGCGUGCGUCUGGUCAGAUCCGGCCUUUCCAGGCUAUCAACCUGCGGCCUGGGAUCCUGACUGACCAGCCUGCGACGCGGAAGGUCGAGCUAGGUAUCACGCCUAAGGGUCGGGGAAGUGUUACUCGGGAGGAUGUGGCGAUUGUUGCAGAUCUUUUGCUUGCUAGGGCUGAUACGGAGGGGUGGAUUGAUCUUGUUAAUGGGGAGGAAGAGGUUGAGGGGGCUGUUGAGAGGGUUGCGAGGGAGAAGGUUGAUGCUGUUGUUGGGGAGGAUGUUGAGGGGAUGGUUAAGAGGUUUUUCCCCUAG